GCGGUGCACAGAAAGUCACCUCGUCUGGUCGUGUCGGUCAGACGGAAGAUACGUUACCGAGAAGCUAGCGGUGCAGCUAGCAUGGUCACGGUGGUACCGGGGGAAGGUCGCCAGUAGGACAGCAGCAUCACUUCACAUCGUUUCACCCACCUGACACUUAUGUGUUCGACAACAUCGCGCAAGUAGACGAAGGCAAACGUUUUCCGUGGCCUUAAAGAAUAACGGUAGCUAACCAUUUAGCGAGCUAGCUUCAAGCCCCGCACUGUGUCUGCGUUUCCAUCCGAACAACAUCUACAAUCAUGGCUGCGCUGAGAGUGUCCUAUCACAGGAUUUUGGACAAGAUUGAGCACAUGCUGCCCGCCAAACUGAGACCUAUUUACAACCACCCGGCAGGUCCAAAAACCGUUUUCUUCUGGGCCCCGGUGUUUAAAUGGGGUCUGGUAGCAGCCGGUUUGGCUGACAUGACUCGACCAGCGGAAAAACUCAGCACCUCCCAGUCUGCAGUGCUGACAGCCACAGGUCUGAUCUGGUCCAGAUACUCAUUGGUCAUAAUCCCGAAGAACUGGAACCUGUUUUGUGUCAACUUCUUUCUUGGCUGUGCAGGAGGCUCCCAGCUCUACAGGAUUUGGAGGCACAACCAAGAUCUGAAGGUACGGGCUAAAGAGGCUGCAGAGUCCUGAGUGCUUUUCUGUUGCCAACACUUCCUUCAGUGGACUUAAAGGAGACAUCAACAUGCCCCAUCCCAUCAUCUCUACAUUGUCUCCAUAACACCCAUGCCAUAACCAUAAUUCUACCACAUUAAGCCUGUUGGAAAUGUGCACUUUUCCUUGAGUUUCAAAUUUCUUCAGGAUGUAAAAAAACAAAAGAGACAGUUUUUUAAACUGUUUUAACACACAAGUACAAAAACAAGUAUGAUUGUACCUUCUUUAAUCUUAGUUCAUGCUUUGUGCACUAGUUGGGAAGUUUUAGUUUUUUUCCAUCAUCAUUUUUCAGGUGUAGCAAUCAGUACCUCAUGCAUUAAUUUCCCAAAAAAAUUAACUCGUGGAUAUGUGUGGAACGAGGUUUAAAGAAAUGUUUUCCCAAAUGAAAUUAAGAGGGAUUUCAUCACAUUAAUUUUAUUAAUUUACUUAUUUAAUAGCCUACAGUUACGGCGUUUGUACCUCAGUGGAUAUUCAAUCAUUAUUGAUUACCAUGUAAUGAUUCCUUCCAUUUUAAUGGCUUUAAUGUGUGUGAAGGCAAAUCUUAAUUUAUUAAUGACUUGAUUAAAACAAUGACUUUGUAGUAAAAACUGUAUAGAAAGAUGCUGUCAUUUUCUGAUUCUUUAUCAGAAAAACUUACACCAAUGCCACAUAUUUACUUGUGCAGCUUUUUGAUUGUUACAGUCAACUAGUGAACACUGACAUGCUAACGGCUCUUCAUCAAAAUCCUGCUGUUGAAUGUCUUUGUUCCUGGAAAGGUGUUUUAUAUUUUUUCUGUGUAAGAAUAGUACUUUCAUUGAAAUGUUCCCACUAUAGUUAACAUUUAUAACCCCCUGAAUAGUUCAGUAAUAAUUGGUGUUACCACAUAAAUAUUUCUUGAUCUGCUGACUGAACAAAUGGCAAUUGGAUGGUUGAUAAUUAGGGUUCUGUAAUGCUAAUAAAUCUUGUUUGAGGACAUCA